CGAAUUGGAAAAAACAACGAAAUCGUCAAAACGACGACAACGAACUGUCAUACACUUACGGCGAAGUCUUUAUUUUUUAGGAAGCAGUCAAUUGGUUCGUUGUGAUUUUCAUUGGACAGUUGUAAAUACGUGUUUUUAUAUAAAACUGCCAAUAGCUAAAUAACAAAAUGCCUGCACCAGCUAGUUCAACAUCCGUGGGCAGUGGUUCACGUUCGCCAACUAAGAUGACAGCGCCACGCAGUGGUGGUGCUGGUGGUAGCAACCUGAAGCAGCGAAAGACCACAAGUAGCACCACAGCGGCCAGAAGUCGCACCACUGGUGCUGGCACUGGUGGUAUGUGGCGCUUCUACACCGAUGACUCGCCCGGCAUUAAAGUUGGACCCGUGCCCGUGUUGGUGAUGUCUCUGCUUUUUAUUGCCUCCGUAUUCAUGCUGCAUAUUUGGGGUAAAUACAACCGUUCUUAAGGAAUCAGAAGAAGCUAUGUAGCAAAAGUAGGGUGUGUAUAAAGUCAACAAAAACAAACGGCGAGCGUACACCUGAUCUUAUGGAAAUGUCAACGUCAUCAGUGUAACAGCAAGAGAUUAAUGGCGGCCAUACAACAAGUGCUUCCCAAGCGCCCGGUUGCUGCUUUGUACACACCUUUAUAUGUUUGCAACAAUUUCCAAUGUACACUUUUGCUCUUAAGUUUAGUAAAUAAGUUAAUUUUCUACGUUUGAAUUCAAUUUCCAUAAAAUUGCUGAUUGUCAUUUAUUAUUUUUUGCUGCAUCCUGUAAAAGUAUGCAGACAAAACAAAAACUCAUUCCACAAUUAGAUUGGAGAAUCAAUUUUUUCGAUUUACUUCCAUUUGCAAUUCGUAAAGUUAAGCAUUUAACAGUGCAAAAAACAUAACAUUUGUUGUAAAUGAGAGGGAUUGUGGUUUUGUUCUCGAUCAACUUAAAUUUACAGUGCGCUUUCAACCAAAUUAUGUGCAUUAUGUAAAAUCAAAGAUACAUAUAUUCUGAUUUACUGUAUACUUCGAGACAAAUUAAAAAUAUUUAAGAUAAUAAAAAACUAAAAUAUAUUAAAAUUUA